CAGAUAAAAACACACUUUCAUCUGUCACUGUGUGUCACAGUCUCAGUCGCUCACUGUCUUCUCUUGUGUGCACAUACUUUCUAAUCUGUGCUCGUGUGCGGCAAGCGAAUCAUCAAGAACGUGUUUUCAAGCAUUUUCGUGAAAUUCUAGGAUUGUAAAUUAAAAAUGCCAAAGUACUAUUGUGAUUAUUGUGACACAUAUCUAACGCACGAUUCACCUAGCGUUAGAAAAACUCAUUGUACAGGAAGAAAACAUAAAGAUAACGUGAAGUUUUACUAUCAAAAGUGGAUGGAGGAGCAAGCACAACAUCUCAUCGACGCUACCACAGCAGCGUUCAAAGCGGGCAAAAUUGCUCAAAACCCGUUCGGAACUAAUGGAGCAGCUAUACCUCCACCUUGGGAUCCUUCUGUGAUGGGUCCUGGUGGUCCCAAGCCGCCUGUUCCUGCGCCGGGAGGCCCACCGGGCAUGUUACCACCGCCUGCUAUGGGCCUAGGAGGACCGAUGGCUCCGCCGAUAAUGAUGGGGCCUCAUGGACCUAUGCCGCCAAUGAUGGGAAUGAGACCAAUGAUGGGACCUAUGAUGGGGCCGAUGGGCCCCAUGGGACCUAUGGGUCAGAUGAGACCACCUCUAAUGAAUGGACCUCCUAUGAACUAAUAGUGAAAGUGUGUGAAAUUGUGUUCUGUACUAUGCUAAAAAAAUACCACGUUAUGUUUGAAAAAUACCACAUUCAAUGGUAAUUAACACAGUCGGGUCUACUAUUUGUGUUAUUUUGUUAAAAUAUCUUGAAUACUGGAUUUGACUUAGUUAAAAUAUAUUGUUAUUAUAGUUUUAAUGGUAAUUAAUUUGAUUAUACUUUAAGAUCACUCCUGUCAGAUUAUUAAAAAAUAGCUCUACCCGCGACUUCGUACGCGUGAAAACCCGUUUUCGCAACAUUUUUCAUUUUUGCU